UAUGACCAGCAGGUACUCCUUACGGAUUUCCUUAGAUGUUUGCCUUCAGAUUUUUUUUUUUUUUCCCUAUUGGAUAUUCACCUUUCUUUCAUGAUGAAAACAAAAUUCUGAAUCUUCUCAUUCUGUAGAUAAAAGUUUGCUCAAGCAAGUAUUCAAUCAAUUUAACGGAAGAUUUUUAGUAGAGGGGCAGAGACGGAGGGCGUCUGGCCCCCCCUGCGUACAAGCGUAAUCGUGGUGGGGGGUGCGCGAAGCAUGCCCCUGGUGUUUCGGACCAGGGAAACACCUCGGGCCAGUAGGAGUUUUAGCCGCUCUUACUCGCGCUGAAGUGGUAUCGUUGCCUUCCCCACUUCAGACGUUGGCCAAGGCUAGUGAUCUAGGUAUCGCCCCGCAGACACAUUGAGACCCACCGACGCUCUAUUCGAGAGAUGUGUCUGAGGCCGUAGCGGAGUUAGAGACUGAGUGGUCAGGGAAGGACCCCAGGGACUCUUGGGCGAUGAUCAGUAGAGGUCCAAAGGGUGAACAUCUCGUGGUGGAGGUUGAUGUAGGUGGCCGCAAAGUUGGCGCCUCUGCAGACAUAGGCUCUACACGGAACUUCAUCAGUCGUGCUUGUGUGGAUAGACUGCGCUUAGGGGACCAAGUGCAGCGGCUUAGCAGAAUUGUAGCUUCUACGCUGGCCAACAAGCACCAAAUGUUGGUAAAAGACUAUGUCAAGGACGUAGUCUGUACCUUCUCCUAUGGAGGAGGGGAAGUGAGCCAUAAAAUCUUCUUACUGGUUAGCGACGAACUGCCGUUUGAUAUGCUCUUAGGCAUGUACUACCUCGAGAUCGCGCAACCUCAGUUUGACUGGGAUAGAAAGGUGUUGAUCCACAAAUUGCCCAAUGGUAGAACUGUUAGAUUGCAGAAGUUCAAAGCUAGCAGUCUGAUAGAAAACUACGGGUGCAUGUGUGCAUCGUCUUUCUAUAACUAUUAUAAGCAGAAUCGUGAGGAGGGCAUCUAUCUUGUCUUUGUCUCUGAGAAAGGGGAGGCCGUUAAAACACCCCCAGAGAUAGAAUCAGUCGUCGCACAAUAUUCAUACCUUUUUGAGGAGCCCACGGGUGUGGUAGAAAGGGAGGUUGUCCAUACAAUAGAGGUUGUCCCAUGUAGUAAGUGUGGGCCCCCGCAAACUCUUGUGAGUGAUUGGGACACUAGGUUCAUAAGCGCAGAUUGGAAGGACUUCACCUCCCAGAUAUACGACAUCAAACUCAAGAUGACGUCUGGCCGACAUCCCGAAGCCAAUGGACUGGCUGAGGAGGUUAACCAGACUGUGAUCCAACUUCUCCGAGCUCUAAUUGUGCCUGAUCAGAACUCUUGGGAUGAGGAAUUGCCAAUUGUGCAGGGAUUGUAUAACAACUCCAUGCACUCCUCCACCGGGAUGACACCUAAUCUGUUGCACCUCGGUUGGCAAAUUCGCAAUUCUCUAUCCUACCUGUUUCCUGACCAGCCACCUGGCCUGACACCUGGCCAGCCAGGCUACAGUGAUAAGUAUGAUCGUUUGCUCAAAGUUGCUGUCACAGCUAUGGAGAAGUGACGCAGUGCCAUGAUCAAACAUGCAAACAAAAAGCGCCAGCCCGA